GCGCCAAAAAGAACAGAUUAUUUUUUGUGACAGAUAUUUUCAGUUAAUCUCUUUUCUUAUCCCUCUAGUCAGUAACCCUUUAGUAGCAUAAUUGAAACUUCAGCAAAAAAUUUAAAAAAAAAAUAUGAGUUGUUCUUUGAAUCAUUUACCUGCAAUUACUUUGAAAAAUGGUUCAGUACACAGAAUUUCUAAAAGGGUGUCUGGUUCUAUGUUGAACACAAGAGCUAUGGCUAAAGAACUGUACUUUAACCAUGAUGGUUCUACAACAAAGAAACUUCUGGCAGGUGUGGAUUUGGUAGCAGAGUUGGUUGGAGUGACAAUGGGUCCAAAGGGAAGGAAUGUAGUGCUUGGAAAUAAGUAUGGUCCUCCCAAGAUUGUUAAUGAUGGUGAAACUGUUCUUAAAGAGAUUCAGCUGGAGGAUCCUUUGGAAAAUGUCGGAGUAAAAUUGGUUAGGGAAGCCGGUGCCAAGACUAAUAAUCUUGCUGGUGAUGGUUGCACAACAUCUAUAGUGCUUGCUCGGGGUCUGAUUGCUGAAGGUGUCAAGGUUACUGCAAUGGGCGCAAAUGUUGUCCAAGUGUCUCGCGGAAUUGAGAAAACUGCUAAAGCCCUCGUUUCUGAGCUCAAGCUGAUGUCCAGAGAGGUUGAGGAUCACGAGCUGGAAGACGUUGCUGCUGUUAGUGCUGGCAACGAUUAUGCCAUCGGGAGCAUAAUUUCGGAAGCUCUUAGACAGGUUGGAAAAAAAGGUGUUGUCACAAUUGAGAAAGGGAACUAUACUGAAACCAAUCUACAAGUUGUAGAAGGAAUGCAGUUUGAUCGUGGCUAUUUGUCACCUUAUUUUGUAACUGAUCGACGAAAGAGGAUUGUGGAGCUUCAUAAUUGUAAGUUGCUUUUGGUUGAUAAAAAAAUUACAAACCCGAAGGAGUUGGUAAAAAUUUUGGACAAUGCAGUAAAGGAGAAAUACCCGGUUUUGAUAGUUGCAGAGGGCAUUGAGCAGGAUGCUUUGGCUCCAGUAAUUAGGAACAAACUCAGGGGUGUCCUAAAGGUAGCUGCUAUAAAAGCUCCAUCUUUUGGGGAGCGCAAAAGCCAUUGCUUAGAUGACAUCGCUAUCUUGACUGGAGGAACUGUGAUCAGAGACGACAUGGGAUUGACUCUUGAAAAUGCUCACAAGGACUUGUUGGGAACUGCUUCAAAGGUGGUGAUUACUAAGGACUCUACAUUGAUAGUUACUGAUGGAAAUACUCGAGCGGCUGUUAGCAAGAGGGUUUCUCAGAUACAAAAGCUUGUUGAGAACACAGAAGAAAAUUUCCAAAAGAAGAUCUUGAAUGAAAGAAUUGCAAGAUUAUCUGGUGGUAUUGCCAUCAUUCAGGUGGGAGCACAAACACAAGUUGAGUUGAAAGACAAACAACUAAGGAUUGAGGAUGCCCUCAAUGCCGCAAGGGCUGCUACUGAGGAAGGAGUAGUAGUGGGUGGUGGCUGUUGUCUUCUGCGACUAUCGUCAAAGGUGGAUACUAUCAAAGAAAUGCUAGACAAUGACGAUCAGAAGAUAGGAGCUGAUAUUUUUAAAAGAGCGCUUUCCUAUCCUGCAAAACAGAUAGCAAAGAAUGCUGGUGUAAAUGGGAAUAUUGUUGUAGAGAAGAUUUUGUCAGUCGAUAACAUGAAAUAUGGAUAUAAUGCUGCAAGAGACAGAUAUGAAGAUUUGAUGGCUGCCAAAAUUUUGGAUCCUGCAAAGGUUGUUAGAUGUUGCCUAGAGCAUGCAGCAGCAGUUGCUAAGACCUUCCUAAUAUCUGAUGCCGUUGUUAUUGACAUCCCCGAACCGGUAUCCAGACAGAUGAGAAGACCACCAAUGCCAACUUCAGGUGCAAGGCUCACUGAUCUCACAGGUGAUGGAGCCAGAAUUUUCACUAAGGGAAGUCAAAAUAUAAAGAAUAGCACACAAAGAAGACAAGGGAAUUUAACAAUAUAGUACACACACAAAAAAAUAUCCUAGCUACACAGUGCAAUUUUCCAGCGUAGAGGACACCCCUUGGACCAAGGUGGUUCCGCCACUGGCAAGUGGUUGUUCGUGCAGACAUAAAUGAGAUGGUUAAUUAUUUUGCCCAUCAUAAGAUGCCAACUUCUGAAAAGAGUUCUGCAAUGAUUCCUAAAAAAAACUCAGCUUUGAAGAAAUUAGAUUGAUGGUUUAUCCAUCAGUUGACACGUUCCUUCUGGAAUCUCAAAUGGUCAAAUCGCGCUUACAGGAUUAUGCUCGAGUAGCAGUUAUACAUGUUAGAUGCCUAGGAAAUAUUUGUAAGUAUCUAAUAUGUAUGCCAACCAAAUUUCUGAAAGAACUGAUGAAACAGCAAUCCAUGACAAUGAAUGUGGAUUGUGUACGAGCAAUCAGUUUCAUAGCUGGAUAUAGUAUUUUUUUUUUUCCACAUAUGUUGUUCUGCUCAGAUCACUAGAAACACAUGUUUCUAUUACUAAACUAAUUCAAUGUAA